AUGGGUUGUCUAGGAAGUGUGCAUGGUGGCGACCCAAGGACGCUAGGCUACGUGAAGAGAGAUGUGUCUAACAUAAGGACAAUGCUGCGAGAGGAAGUAUCACAUCGUGAUAUGAGCAUGGUGAUUGAGUACUUUGAACGCGGGAAAGCAGAAAGUCCAAAUUUCUUUUAUGACACACUAGUGGAUUCAAACAAUGCUAUCAGAGGACUAUUCUGGGUGGAUGGAAGGACCAGAGCACUAUACCCCAAGUACAAGGACUGUGUUUUCUUCGACACAACCUUUUGCACCAACAAGUAUAAUCUUCCUUUUGCUCCAAUUGUGGGAAUAAAUAACCACACACAUACGAUUGUUCUAGGUUGUGCUUUGCUACCAGAUGAAACAACAGAAACAUUUAAGUGGGUAUUUGAAAGGUGGAUGCUUGCAAUGAAUCAGAUGCACCCAGAUCGUAUAAUGACAGACCAGGACCAGGCUAUAGCUACUGCAAUUGACAAGGUAUUUCCAAAUUCAGUACACAGAUGCUGCUUCUACCAUGUGCUGCACCUAGCAAGGAAAAAACUUGGUCCAAAUUUGGGAGAAGGCCAUCCAUUUGUAGAUGCAUUUUACUCAUGCAUAUAUGGAACUGAUACUAUUGAGGAAUUUGAAUUCUGCUGGCAGCAUAUGCUGCGAAGCUUCGACAUGGCAGAGAACAAUCACCUCAAUAAUAUGUGGAAGAGCAGAAAGACAUGGGCACCACAGUAUGAGUUGUGCCAGAAUUUGAUGUUGGAUCGUGAAGACAAUGCGGGCUUCACAAUGGAGACGACGACAACAAAGCUUUGGGGCAGUUACAACAUUGAAGAACAGGCAUUGAAAUUUUACACAAGGGAAGUCUUCGACAGGUUCCAAAAAAUGGUGCAGAGUUCUACAAGAUUUUACCCUAUCCAUGUAGAGGCAGAAGGCUUAUGUUUUGAUCUUGUUCCAAAUCAAGACCUUGAUGUGAAAACUUAUCGGGUUGCAGUUAACCCUGAAGAAGGAUUGUACACAUGUGGCUGCAACAUGUUUGAAAUGUGUGGUUUAAUAUGCCCACAUAUCAUUAUGGUGAUGGUGCAGCUCAAUGUGCAGCAAAUACCAGGAAGAUACAUGCUUGAAAGGUGGUCUGCAGCAGAAACAGCACAUGCCCCGGAACCUGGGACAAAUACAAUCAGAUUUGGUGUCCCAACAACUAACACACUCAAGUACAACUCACUGUGCAGAAAGAUGAAUCAGCUGGCAUCUGACGCAUGCUUCGAUGAUGAUACAUAUGUUGCUGUUUCCCGCAUUGUUGAUGAAGCAAGCAAAGUUGUUGCUACAAUGAUUAAAGCAAAAGGUCAAGUGCAGCAAGAAGGAGAAGGUUAUCAGCAUAGACAGGGUGAGAACCAGAGACAGCAAAAACCUGAAGCUCCACAGCAACAUCAACAAACAACAACAGUAGAUGGUACUGCAAGUCAACAGGUGAAGAAUCCUCCACGUACGAAGCCAAAAGGUCGCCCAAAGAUAACAGAAAAGCGAAGGAAGACAUUGGUCGAGCUGCGGGAUGAGGCCAAUGAGAAGAGAAGGAAGAAGCAAAGUGAGCCUAAAACACCAAAAGAGCCAAAAAAAAAAAGGAAGUACAUGAAGAAGAAGUGCCCAUUCUGUGAUGAUGAAGAUCAUAUAUCUGUAAAGGAAUGCAAGUACAUGAAAAUUGCUUUGGCUAGAGAAGAUGCAAUGCAAGCGGGAGCAGAUUUGACGUUAUAG